UAGACACCCAAUUGAAACAGAGAGUCAUGUCAUUUAUUGCACUUUCCGUUGCAAUUGAUGAGAGCACCGACAUCACGGACGUGGCUCAACUGGCCAUAUUUAUUCGUGGAGUUGAUGAGACAUUGACUGUUACCGAAGAGUUUGUUGAGUUGGUGCCUAUGAUGGACACCACAACAGCCGAGGACAUUUUCGGGUCUGUCGUUGCUGCACUGGACAGAGUUGGAGUGGACUGGUCCCGUGCUGUCAGCAUGGCUACAGACGGCGCACCAUCCAUGAUCGGAAAGAAAGCAGGUGUCGUGACAAAGUUCAGAGAGAAAGUACAAGCCCUUAAUGGAGGAGAUCGUUUCUUGACAUUUCACUGUAUUUUGCACCAGGAGGCAUUGUGUUGUAAGUCCUUGAAAAUGGACCACGUCAUGGAGGUGGUUGUUCGCACUGUAAAUUUCAUCCGAGCCAGAGGUCUUAACCAUCGUCAGUUUGACACCCUUCUCAGCGACAGCAACAUUACACACAGCCUGCCAUACCACACUGAAGUGAGAUGGUUAAGCCGAGGCGCUGUGCUGAGGUAUUUCUUUGAUCUACGAGAGGAAAUCAGACAGUUCACGGAGAAAAAAGGAAAACCGUUGUCGGAAUUACAAUCCCAGGAAUGGCUACAGGACCUCGCAUUUUUGGUUGAUAUUACUGAACACUUGAACAGUCUGAACAAAAUGUUGCAAGGGCGCAAAAAAGUUGUCACACAGUUUUUUGACAAAAUACAGGCAUUUAAGUUGAAGCUGACUUUGUGGGAGACGCAACUGGCAAGUGGAGACCCUGCUCAUUUCCCCUGUCUGAGAGAUGUGCGUGUGACCAGACCUGUUGCGGACGUGAAACGGUACAAAGACAAGAUUGCAGGAUUACUGUGGGAGUUUGAGAAACGAUUUCAGGUAUUUGGUGAACUUGAGACAGAAUUUUCAGUUUUUCGCUCACCGUUCACAGUUAAAGCUUCUGAUCUGCCGGUCGACAUCCAGCUAGAAAUAAUUGAUUUGCAAUGUGACGCAGAUUUGAAGGGCAAAUUUGCCUCCGUAGGUCUGGACACAUUUUAUCAGUAUCUAUUACCAGGGUACCCCAAAUUAACAGCCAUGGCUGCUAAAAUUUUGUGCAUGUUUGGGACAACCUACCUUUGUGAACAAAUUUUCUCAGUAAUGAAUAUCAAUAAAACAAAAAUGCGUUCAAGGCUCACACACAAGCACUUAAAUGACAUUCUGAAAGUGACAGCUACUCAGGACAUGACACCUGAUGUUGAUGCACUUGUACAGGCCAAAAGAUGCCAAAUUUCAGGAACAAAAACAAGUCCAGAGUAGACUAACGUCUUUAAAAUGCUGCCUUGCAUUUUUUUUGCAGAUACUGUUUGCAUUAAAAGAAUACAGCUCUGUGAAAAUUAAUACUUACUGUGGUGAUUUUAAAAAAUGUGCAGUUUAAUGUUGGUCUUUCUUUAUAAGUCUAAUUAAUCAUAAAGUUCAUUACUAUAAUAUUCAACACCAGUUACUUGUUAAAGUUUGUGCAAUUUUGUGAAAUGUUUUGUAAAAGUGUUAUUCAAUAAAUUUUAAGUUAAAUUUCAAAUUUCAUAAUGUUCUUGUGCUUCUUUACACCAAAACAAAGGAAAUACAUGAUAUUUUGGUUAUUUCUAGCUAAGUAUGCUAUAAUUUUAAUGGUCCAGCCCGCGACGUCUUCCUAGGGAUCGUAUGUGGCCCGCGAUGUGAAAUGAGUUUGACACCCCUGAUGUAGAGUCUAUCUAGAACACUUAACAGGUUUAAAAACAGACACUAGAGUUAGCAGACGGAAAUAGGUAGCUUUUAAGGUAGUUUUGUUUUUUAAGGAUGAACUUCCAACAAUAAAAAAAAAACCCAAAUGACCUUGAAGAACCUCGUCCAGUUUCUGUUUCUACAAAAGUCUGGCGAGAAGCAACAAAAGGCAGGUUUGGACUUUUCUUUUUUUUUCCUUUCAUCUAUAGUCCUGUGAGGUCCACAGUGGCCUUGAUGAAGAUGGUAUCAUCUCAGAUGUAGGAGUUUUUAGAGUCCAGUUUUGAGAGUGGACAGAAGAGUGGGCAGCCGCUGGCAAUGUUCAUGUCACUAACGGGUCUCUGGAAGGAUGAGGAGGGGAUGUCAGGUCUAAAGGCGUCAAUGAUGUGUUCUCUGUUGUUCUGGUCCAGCAGCAUCAGCGUCACCUGGAAACAGGUGGGGUCAAAGUUCAACACUUUAAAUCUACCUAAACCUCUGGUUUAUCACUUACUGUACAUUAAGUGUAUUUACAUAAUAUGAAUUUUAUAUAACAUUAGUUUUAUUUCUAUCAUGGUUUACAUUAUGGUGCACCGAUAUAUCAACACUGAUGUCAAGACUGAUAUGUCAUUCAAAUACUUUUCUCCUUCAGUUCACUGUCUCGUCAUCAUUAUAAGUAGUUUAAGUGUCUCAACAAUGUCAGCAGUUUUGAGGUUUGAGGGAAGUAGACCGUUCAGUUAUGAUAACUGAACGGUUAAAUGCUCACACCCACACUAUAGGUCACUGGCAUGGAGUCCCUUCAAAUAGACACAUUCACACACUAUUGCAUUAAUUAAUCAUUUAAUUAUCUAAUCGCCCGUUUAAACAAUUUUGUUUCACAACUAUACAUUUUCAAAAUGUAUUAAUGUGCUGACAGAUGACCAAAUAGCUUUAGUUUCAUAAUUUAAACUUUAAACUGUAUUAUAUAGCACCUUUCAUACAUAAAUGUAACACAAAGUACAGAUAAAAGUUUAAAAGUUUUCUGAAAUAAAUAUGCACAAUACACUAAUUUGAAUUUAUUUCAAUUUACGCUUUUCCAUCCAUCCAUCCA